GCGCCAGGUGGAACUGUCACACCUAAGUCACUUGCUACAUCUCAAGCGUUACUCACCUGUGACAGUUGACAGCGAACAUGGACCUCAUUAAAGACCAGUGGUUCACGGAAUUAUCCCCACUGUGGCCCGGCCAAGCUACCAGCCUGCAGGUGGAGGAGGUCCUCUACCACAAGAAAUCCAAAUAUCAAGAUGUCAUGGCCUUCAAGAGGUGAGCGUCUAGCAGUCUCCUUAGACAUUUUUUUAAUGUUUGUGUUCCAGUGAGACUUUUACAUUGCAGAUGAAGGAUAUCAAUUGCCUGCAUAAAAACUAUUAUCAUCCCAUAGCAAUGUAAGAGCAGCAUAAGGAUCUUGAGUUUCUGAAAUGGUUCUCUGGGCAAGCCAUUAGAUCUUUCCAAAGCCUUAUCAGCAGCUGAUCCCUAGUGGUUAUUCCGUGCAAAACAGAGAGUUAUCCAUGACAACUUAAUAAGAAUCAGGGUUACCAAACUUUGACAGUUUGAUGUGAACGUGUGCUUUUGUUUGCUGCAGCAUCCUGUUCAUAAGAUUAUAGAUAGUAGCAUGUAAGACAUGUAGACCCUUAGACUUAGUUAAGUUUAGGGUGCAUAUUUUUUCUAUUGUACCUCUUUAACUUCUCUGUAACUUUUCAGCACACACUACGGCAAUGUCUUGGUGUUGGAUGGAGUGAUACAGUGCUCUGAAAGGGAUGAAUUUGCAUAUCAGGAGAUGAUGGCAAACCUCCCCCUCUACAGCCACCCCUGCCCCAGGAAGGUAUCAGUCUCAUUGAUUUGCUCCAAAAUGUGUGGAUCUGCAUUGAUGCUAAACCUCUCAGCACGUCAUGCUUUCUUGACACCAGAUCAUUUCCUUUUUUACAGGUGCUAAUUAUUGGAGGAGGCGAUGGUGGUGUUGCAAGAGAAGUUGUGAGACACCCGCUGGUGGAGGAGGUGGUUCAGUGUGAGCUCGACGAGGUUCGAAAACACCACUGUUGAGAUCUAUCUUCUCACUUAAGCAUACAUAAUAUACGUAUGUCUUCUAUUUUAUCAGAGUACACCCACUCAUAUUUUCACUGAUCUGUCUGCUGUACAGGAUGUUGUCAAUGUAGCAAAGGAGUUCCUCCCAGGGAUGGCUCAAGGGUUUUAUAGUCCCAAGCUCACCCUGCACAUUGGAGAUGGAUUUGAAUUCCUGAUGCAGAAUGAGGAUUCCUUUGAUGUCAUUAUAACUGACUCCUCAGACCCUGUUGGUAUGUGCUUUUGUAGUUAGAAUAAUGUUUUUGCAGUUGUCGCAUAAGAAAUUCCUGUUCUGAGCUCUGUUUUUUUUUUGUUGCAGGACCUGCCGAGAGUCUUUUUCAGGAGCCUUACUAUCAACUUUUGAAGUCAGCUCUGAAAAGCGAUGGAAUUCUUUGCUCUCAGGGUAAAAUACUGUAAUUCCUUUUUAUUUUAUUACGCUUUCAUAAGGGUAUUGGUGACUUUAGGACAGCACUGACUUGACUCACUGAAUGGCUCUUUGCAAUUUCAAGCCCACUUGAAACUUGUUUUUUGUUUGGUAUUUUUUCAACAUCUCUGCAAGGUUUAAGUCCCCAUUUUUACAGUCUGUCCUCUACUACCUGCUGAUGGAAAAUUGUCCAAAACACUGACAACAUCUGCUCUUAUAACUUUACAGGAGAGUGUCAGUGGCUCCAUUUGGAUCUGAUAAAGGAGAUGCGAACCUUCUGCAAGAAGCUAUUCCCAGUGGUGGAGUAUGCCUACGCCUGUGUCCCCAGUUAUUCCAGUGGCCAAAUUGGAUUCAUGCUGUGCAGUAAAGAUCCUGUAAGUGCACCAGUCAUUCUCAUCUUGCAAUCCACAUGAGCACCUCUCCACACCUCUGGCUUAUUGUUAAACCAUUCUGUUGCACAAUUAUUAAUCUGCAAAGUCCAUCAGAUGACUAUUCUUAUUCUUCCAUGUCUUGUCUUAUUUAGGAAACCAAUUUCAGGGUACCAGAGGAUGUCCUCUCAAAAGAAGAAGUUGAAAACAUGGACUUUAGAUAUUACAACUCUGAAAUGCACAAAGCAGCUUUUGUCCUGCCUGAGUUUGCAAGAAAGGUAAAUGUUAUAAGAUCAAUUUAACCUCCUUUAACUGUGUGAAAUAAGUACUUGAAAGGAACAAAAAUAAUAUAACUUUAUUUCUACUUGAUCAUUGACAGGCACUCAGUGACGCAUGACCAGCAACAACAGACCAUCAUGUUCAUGAUCUACCCUGACCCACAGACCACAGAAAAACAGUCUGGAGACCUCAACAGGUUCAGCUCCACUGAAGAGAGUAGUCCUUCUCCUCCCUGUCCAGCAUACUGGUGGUGUUAAAAUUAGUUUCUUAGGUAAUAUUUGUGGUUUAUAUUUUAACUCUUCAAGUCUGUUAUGACAGUGUUUAGAUGACUAACUUUGAAGGCUCAACUAAGUGGGGAGAAAGCUGCCAUCAAACCUGACUGGAUUUGUUUCAUCCACACAAACAUGUCAUGUAAAAUACCAUGUAAUCUUUUGAUGCAUUCAAGUAAAAUAAAGUUGUGCUCAGCUCUUAA